AUGCCCGCUGGCUACAAACCUUCUCCACUAGGGCCUCAUGGCUCUCCUCGCAGUUCUCCAUUCAGACGACCAGAAUCUCCAGCAUCGCCAUCAGCAGUCCGACAGACCUCAACGACCCAGGUGACACAAGUGACGCCUUUCGGGUCGCCCACGAAGGCAUCCUACGCUACGAAUAACGGGCGCUUCGGCAACCCAACCACCCCAACAGACACGGCCGAGAGCAAGACGCCGCGAGUACGAACACCAACAGCCGAAACCACCACCAUGACCUCGCCACAGCCUCUGCGGCCCGGUUUGAAGAAGACAAUGAGCCAUGGGAACGCCAUAUCGCAUUUACAACCUGCGCAAGUCAGACAGCUUCGAGAGGGUUUCGAGGUCCUGGAUCGCGACAGCGAUGGCGUCAUCAAUAGGGAAGAUGUAGCCGACAUGCUGAAUCAGUUGGGCCUGCCGUCCAAACCCUCCGACGUGUCAAACUUCUUCCCGCCAUCAACACCUCAAACGAUGACAAUGGCUGCGUUCCUGAAUUCCCUUGCUACGAUGCUCGCCUCCCUAUCACCACAAUCUGAGUUGCUAUCUGCUUUCUCAGCGUUCGACGACGAUGACAGCGGACAGAUCGACCUCGCGGAGCUGCGGGAUGCGCUUCUGCACACCGCGCCAGAGCCUGGCGAGCGACCGCUUACAGAGACCGAGGUUGAAAAGGUCAUCGAAGGAUUCACCGGCAGACGAGCUUUCAACCGCAACAUGCAAGGCGGUUUAGGAAAUCGCCGUGAGGUGUUUAGAUACCAGGACUUUGUCAACUCCAUCAUGGGGAGCAAUACGACAUCCGAAGCCGCAUCGGCGGAGGGAUCUGAGGAUUGA